AGGAUGCUGUUUCUGGGGUUCAGGUCCCAGUUUCAGGCACUUAGGUAGUUCCCCUGGGCUGGAUUCCCCCAACCCCACAACCCCCACCGAUUCAGGGCAUGCCUUUGGAUGGCUGGGGUCUGAUGUUUGGGCUGGGUGGAGAUGCGGGUGGGCUUCCUGGGGUUAAGCCAGCUUGGACCCCUUUGGGCUAGCAAGGAGAAGGCAGGGAGGAGAUGAGGUGCGCGUGGAGUUCUGCUUGGUGAGGGAAAGGUGUUCUGGUAUCACUGGGGUCAGGAAUGGCACUGGGCUGCUGUGGCUGGGUGGGCCCCACAAAAUCCUUCCUCACCGAGGCUUGCUCUGCAGGAGCCCAGGGUUCCCCGAUUUCACUGUGGACAAUCAAAUAAAGACCUUCCCUCCCCUCCUCUGCCCUUUCCUCUCCCACUCCUUGAGAACUGAAAAAAAAAAAAAAGGAAUUAAAAAAAAAGGAGGAUUUUAACAAAAUUUCCACCCCUUGGCAUCUUCCUCCGCUCUCCCUACUUCGGCCUAAAGCAUCCUCUUGGGUCACUGAGCUGUCUCCCGGAGCGCCCUUGUGGCGAAGAAGCAGACUUUGGCAAGAGGCUAUCCAGCCAAAUAUCCAUGAAUUCUGGCUCCAGAGGGGACCAGGAUUCCCUUAGCGUUUCCCAAUCACUGCCAUCCUCACUCCCCAGGGUGCCUGAUUCUAUGGGUCCCUGGUGGCACAGAGGCCAAGAAUAGUGCACCUGGAAAUGCCCUCAUCAGUCCCCUAUCCCCCCCCCCCAAAAAAAAAGGUUUCCAACUUGCUACUGGGAACACCAGAGCAGAGAGCUGCCUCUGUGCUACCCUAAUCUAAGGCCAGCCCAGCCCUAGAUCCUCUCAAGCCACACGUAGGCUCCUUGAAAAGUAAAAGUACCCCACCCACCCAGAAAGUGCAGGUUACAAACCUCCAGCAGAGCAAGCUUCCAGAAUGCACAAAUCAGAAUUUUUCAACAACUAUAUUCCUACUAAGACGAAUUAAAGUUCGCAUUAGAGAGAGAAAGGGACCCCCUCUGCCCCAGGCUAAGUUUUCAAGGGGAAUAUAAUCCAAGCAGUCUCGGAUGACAGUGGGGGGGUCAGUCCAGCUGGGAUGAGCAAGUAAGGGGGUGGGGAGCCCAACCUCUAACUAACAAUUUCUCCAGCAUAAAAAUGAAACAUCAAAUUCGUUAGCCCAGGGCCUUCAUUUUUCCCCUUCCACAUUAUAACUAGUUAUUGAACUCGCUGGAAGAUCUAAAGGCCAUUUGCGAAGAGACAAAUUUCAAUGGAGUUUCCCCAUCAAUAACUCCAUGGCAGUGACCUAUUGGAACAAGUCAAACACCCGAGGUGAAAUGCAGGUCACUCUGUCUAACCAAUAUUAAAAUGCGGCCACUUUUUAAAAAGCCACUUUAAACGAGAUUUGAGGAAAAUUGAAUUCCAAGGAAGGCCAGGCAAGGCGGGGAAAUCCACGAGAGGACCUUGCCUAUGGUCUCCGAACAAACAAGAGAAAUUCAUCUUUAAUAUUUUAAAGGGGGGCAAAUUAACAUUCCAUGAUUGCUUUUCUUCUUCUUCCUCUCUCUCUCUCUCUUUUUUUACUAUAAGCAAUUCCAGAAGGGGGGGAAAAAGGGGGUUGAGUAUUUUCUGGUGACACGUCCGGGUUAUUAAAAUCAUUUUAGACCAAUUCAUUACUUUUACUGACAAGAGAUUUAAGAAAAAAUCAAUUAAGCAUUUGCAUAUUCUUUUGCAUACAUUAGCCCUGCCUGCUGGCAUCAGAAGCGGACAAAAACACACAUAUAUCCACAUACAACACAUCCACACACAAAAGAAAAAAAAUGGUUUUAAAAGUCUUGCUUUAGUCUGAGGCUUUCAAGAGUUGCCUGGAGAAAAAAAAAAUCAAAAAUGAAAUGAAUUGCCUAAUUGCAUACCAUCUAAAAGUCAAUUUAUUUGAGGAAAAGGAAAGAGGCAUGUUGCAAUUUUUAAUCUCUAAACCAAUAACAAAACACAUCCAAAAGCAAAAAGCAACCCCCCCAAUCCCCUGCACUUGGAAGAGUAAGGAGAGGAAUGACACUGGGUUUCUUUCCCUUUUGCCUCCCAAAUCCUGAAUUGAUUCUCUCGUGUAUUUUUCUCCCUUGGAAAAUGCAGGGAGUGUGAGAGGUGGGGUUUCAAUGCAGCACGGAAUCCGUGGAGCCGCUGAGGGCUCUCAGGCGGCAGCUUGUGACUGGGGAGGGGAGGAAUAUGGGUUAUCUAACGGUCAGUAUGGUAAUCCGGGCACAAUAAGGCCUCACACACAAUGGACACAUAUUUUUCUUCAGCGGUGUCAGAAGGGAAGCGCUUUGUACUGGAACAUGUUUCCGAAAGAGAAACCACAUCGAGAUUUAGAAGGGAGAUGGGGUGGGGGCGCAAGGCAUGUGGACAGUGUUUGGAUGCUGGCAAAAGGUGAUCGGGAAAAAUAAAAAUAAUCAUAAAAUCGGGGCAGAGCGGAGGUGGAGGUCCUGGAGCUGGCAGGACAAGAGGCAGGAGGGCAAAGCACAGGACCAGACACAAGAUUCAUCAGAGGCGAGAGCCGCCUAUACCCAGCCCAGUUAAACCAUUGCUAAGUGCAGGAGCCCUCGGAAAGGAUUUUAUUUCUGUGCUUGUAAUAAAACUCAGGUAAAAUGUGUGUGUAUGUGUAUGUGUGUGUGUGUGUGUGUGUGUGUGUGUGUGUGUGUGUGUGGCGAGGCAUUUCUACCCAUGUGCCAGGCAUCUUCCUUGCUAUUAGGCUAUAGGAGCCAAAGAGAGGGGGCUUUUGUGUUUGUUUUGUCUUGGUUUUUGUAAAUAAUGUAGAUGAAUGGUGGGCACAUUUGGGAGAAUCUCCUAGAUUUCUUAUUCUGGAUGUGCAUGUUGAAUUAGCUAUGCAGACCUGGAAGAAGAUCUCCAUGUAUUUAUGGCUGUGUAAGGAGGCAUUUAUUAUUUUAAUAAAUAUCAAUGGUAUGUACGAUAUAUCUUUCUGAACCCUAAUGACCAAAGACAGACUUGACAUUCAGGUGGGGCCAUCUGACCCCUGCAGGUCCAUUCGCUCCUCCGGGCCUGCAGAAGGGCUCCUGGACACAUCUGCAGGAACUCAGAGACCUGGCACUGGGGCUGUGCCUUGGGGCUGGGCACUGCCUUAGGAAGACAGGAGGGCUGGGGUGAGGGAGGGUCCCUAGAGGUGGGAGUAAGGGCUUUUGGAGGGGAGCCAGGCUGGCAGACCUCCCUUCCAGGUGGGGAAGGGAAUCCGCCCAGCUUGGGUGGGGCAGGACAGCUGCAGCCAGGUGCAGGCCUAGAAGGGAGAUUGGGGGUGGGGCCAGGAGGUUUUCUCCAACUUCAUCAACCCUCCCCCUAAGCAACCGGAGAGGUCUGGGAGCUAGGGCCCUCCCCAUGGGGCCGCGUGGGCUACAGUUAAGAUCUGUGUAGUUCAGGGUACAGCACAGGUUUGCUACACCCUUUUCUAGCAACUUAUAAUUAACUCUCCCUACCCCUCCACUGAUAAUUACAGAAGAGCAAGCUGUCACACAACUGCAAACCACCACAUCUAAGUAGCGUGCCCCACCCCCAUUCCCACCCCCACUACAGUCUCAAGUGCCUUUUCCAGCCAAAGCAGCCAGCCCUCACAGGACAGGGGUGGGCAACUCUGGGAAUUUGUGGGAAUCUCUCAAGGAGAUCCUCAACCUCCAGGGAAUGCCAGUUUCCUCAACCAGCUGGUGAUGGGGGCAGGGGGGGUGGGGCACUGCCUCUCUGGGGAGACGGUGUCCGGGAACCCCAAAACUGUAGCUUCUGCAGCGCUAAGCACUGGCCCUGGUGGGCUUGGGGUGGGGUCCAAAACAUUGGAGGAGCGGAGGCAAUGGGGUGGGGGGAACUCAGGCGGGAAAUCUGGCCCCUCUGGGCAUCGCCUGUGGCCCACCCUAGCCCUCGGGGUGAGCCCUCAUUUGGAAGUGGAGACCCUCGCCCACAUCCCAAAGACGGUGAGAGAAGGGCUGGGAAUCUCCUGCCUCCCGUUCUUCUUCUCACAAGGGCUUUAUUUUUUUCCCUUUCCCCUCCUCAUUCCCUUAAUUGCAGAUGUUCUAAUUAAACCCUCAAAUACUUGUUAUGCCGUUUUAAAAGGUACUUAUUCAAGUGUCAACCAGGCUGGGCUGGGAGGAGGCAGCGUAGGGCGGCGAAUUAAAGGUAGAUUGACUAAUCACGGCGGCGAUCAUAAUAAUAAAAUCAGAGGGAAAAAAAUCACAUUACGACUUUUCGUGGAAAGGAGGGAGCAGGCAGCCAGCGGCCGCCAGCCCUGCGCCGCCGCCGACACAAAGAGUACGGGCGAUUCCGCGAGACUGAUUUAUGACGUUUUACAACCCUAUAAAAGCUGUAGCGACGAGGCAAGCGCUCCUACCACCGCUGGCAGCUUUAGUCUAAUAAAUAAAACAUAAACAGUUAACUUUAUGUGUCACUUUUAUUGUUAUCAAGUAAAAUAUAGCCAAGCCUCUGCAAGCUAUGAUUUUAAACUAUAAUUGUUAUCAAGUACAACAAGGGGACCCGGCUCCCUCCCUGGGCUCUCCCUUCUGCUACCCCCCAACUCGCAGUUAUGAAAGAUCAGUUAAUUGGAAUGGGGGCAGGACGUGGCCACCCCAGGCUGAGGGGGUGGGUGGGAAAGUAGCCCUUGCUUGCCCCACCUCUGUGGCCUUGCUGCCCCCCCAUCAGGGUGCUGCUGUCCAUGUGGGUGGCAGAAAGAAGGGAGGGGGUGGGAAGGAGCUGGACACCCCCAAGGCCCUCCCCACCUCCCCAGCAUGGUGAGCUCAGCCCUCGGCUUUUGGAAGACAGCCGGGAGCUGGCCUCGGGAAUGCGUGUUUACAUGUACACACACGUGUUACGUGGAUACAGUCCCUGGCCGGAAGCAAGCAAUCUCUACCCUCCAGGGGGCUGCGGAGAGAAGAACGCUGGGGCCUUGGCUUGGUCACCAUCCUGGGCAGCUACUGCUGGCGGAAAGCUCUCCUUCUACCCAGGCUCCCUAGGAGUCAGCCCCGGGGAGGCAGGAAUCAGAAAGGAGCCGGGAUGUCGGAGCCCCUGCUCCGGGGCUGGGGCAGGGAAGGGUCACUGGGCAGGCUGGGAGGGUGCGGCUGCUGAUCUCUGCUUUUGCCAACCACUUCCUGUUUCUCUUCAGCGGGGGGCUCAACCCCCAGACCUCCAGAAAUGACGUCAGAAUCAUUUGCAUCCAGCUGCCUCUACCUGCCUGGUCCAGCUUGGACCCUGCCUCGCGGGCCCCAUGGCCAGAGGGUUGGUCUUCAUUCAACUUCCUCUUCCUGCAAAAGAGGGGCACUGCCCGGUGACCUACACAGACUGAGACGCCAUGGCAAAUAACAGAGACCUCUGGGAAAGCCUGGGAGCCGGGACCCACUGGAGGCCGGAGGGGAGACCCCGAGCAGGGGCUGAGAACCGCCCCCACCCCCCUCAGUACCCAGGCUGUGGAGCUGGAGCCGCGAGCAGGAAGAGACUGCCAGUCUGGAGGGGUGUGUGUGCUGGGCGGGGGGCAUCCCAGCCUCUGCCAGCUAACCCCACAUCACUGCCCCCCCCCCCAAGCAGCACCACCACCACACACACAAAAAAUUGGAUACAUUUUGAAUAAAGCGAUUCGGUUCCUUAUCCGGGGACUGGGUUGCUCCGUGUGAUUGGCCGGCGGAGUCACAUGGUGAAAGUAACUUUACAGGGUCGCUAGCUAGUAGGAGGGCUUUAUGGAGCAGAAAAACGACAAAGCGAGAAAAAUUAUUUUCCACUCCAGAAAUUAAUGAUCAUGAGCUCGUAUUUGAUGGACUCUAACUACAUCGAUCCGAAAUUUCCUCCAUGCGAAGAAUAUUCGCAAAAUAGCUACAUCCCUGAACACAGUCCGGAAUAUUACGGCCGGACCAGGGAAUCGGGAUUCCAGCAUCACCACCAGGAGCUGUACCCACCACCGCCUCCGCGCCCCAGCUACCCCGAGCGCCAGUAUAGCUGCACCAGUCUCCAGGGGCCGGGCAAUUCGCGAGGCCACGGGCCGGCCCAGGCGGGCCACCACCACCCCGAGAAAUCGCAGCCGCUCUGUGAGCCGGCGCCUCUCUCGGGCGCCUCCGCCUCCCCGUCCCCAGCCCCGCCAGCCUGCAGCCAGCCAGCCCCCGACCACCCCUCCAGCGCCGCCAGCAAACAGCCCAUAGUCUACCCAUGGAUGAAGAAAAUCCACGUGAGCACGGUGAACCCCAAUUAUAACGGAGGGGAACCCAAGCGCUCGAGGACAGCCUACACGCGGCAGCAAGUCCUGGAAUUAGAGAAAGAGUUUCAUUACAACCGCUACCUGACCCGGAGGAGAAGGAUCGAGAUCGCCCACUCGCUGUGCCUCUCCGAGCGGCAGAUCAAGAUCUGGUUCCAAAACCGCCGCAUGAAAUGGAAGAAGGACCACCGCCUCCCCAACACCAAAGUCAGGUCAGCGCCCCCGGCCGGCGCCGCGCCCAGCGCCCUGUCGGCAGCCACCCCGGGCCCUUCUGAGGACCACUCCCAGAGCGCCACGCCGCCGGAGCAGCCGCGGGCAGAGGACAUUACCAGGUUAUAAAACGGCGCUCACACCCCUGCCCCCACCCCGGGCCCCCACCUCCCCUCACACACAAACUGACUCUUAUUUAUAGAAUUUAAUAUAUAUAUAUAUUUUGGUUCUUUUCUCGCUUCCUCCCACCUUGUCCCUUGUCAAUUCCAAACAGACAAAAACAGAUAAACACUCUCUCUGCCCUGUUCCCUUCCACUGUCAAGCAUGUAAUGUUGUCUUUAGCAUGGUACCUGCUGGGUUUUUUUUUUUUAAGGCCAUUGAUUGGGGGGGUAUUUAUUUUUUAAGGAGAAAAAAAAGCUGCAAAAAUUAUAUAUUGCAAGUGCGACGGUCUGGUUUGGGUGAAUUUCAGGGGAAAUGAGGAAAAGAAAAAAGGAAAAAGAGAGAGAGAUUUUUAAGCCAAUUCUCACCCUUCUCCUCCUUCCCCCCACUUUCCUUAGGCCUUUUGCAUUGAAAAUGCACCAGGGAGGUUAGUGAGGGGGAAGUCAUUUUAAGGAGAACAAAGCUAUGAAGUUCUUUUGUAUUAUUGUGGGGGGGUGGGAGGAGGGGGGAGAGACGACAGACAAAGCUGAAAUGCAUCUGAGGAGCCUCUCUGAGCUGCUCAGUUCCAGAGGCCAAAAGGAAAACCAAGAUGAACUUUCAGUUCAGAGAGAGGGUCUGUAGGUAGGAUCGCCCCCCACUCCCGUCGUGGUCGUUGUGUUUUUUGGACUGAAUUUACUUGAUUAUUGUAAAACUUGCAAUAAAGAAUUUUAGUGUCGAUGUGAAAUGCCCCGUGAUCGAUAAUAAACCAGUGGAUGUGAAUUAGUUUUA